GUUGACACAAUCGUGAUUCUACUGCAUGCGUUUAUUGAAGAGAUAAGAUACUUUAUUGGUUUAUUGUUACAGAUUCUAUUUAGGAAAGCAUAGCGGUAGACAACUCACCCUCCAACCUCAGUUGGGUAAUGCAGAUUUAAAUGCUGUUUUCUACGGUCCGAAAAGAGAAGACUGUGACAAAGACGGAGCUUGUUCCUCGUCGACUAGUUUGUUGUCGAAUAGAUCUGGACCUCGGAAACAUAUAAUACAAGUUUCUACUUAUCAAAUGGUUAUAUUAAUGUUAUUCAACAAUCACGAAAAGUUAACGUAUGAAGAAAUACAGAAUGAGACCGAUAUUCCAGAAAGGGAUCUAAUACGAGCAUUACAAUCGUUGGCUAUGGGCAAGGCAAGUCAACGUAUACUUAUUAAGAAUCCCAAAACGAAAGACAUUGAGUCAUCUAAUGAAUUCUUCGUAAAUGACUCGUUUACGUCGAAACUCCAUCGGGUCAAAAUACAGACUGUAGCAGCGAAAGGCGAAAGUGAACCUGAGCGCAGGGAGACUAGAAAUAAAGUAGAUGAAGAUCGGAAACACGAGAUAGAAGCAGCAAUCGUUCGUAUUAUGAAAUCAAGAAAACGAAUGGCUCAUAAUUUACUGGUAACCGAAGUGACUGAACAAUUAAAGAGCAGAUUUCUACCGUCACCGGUCAUCAUUAAGAAAAGGAUAGAGGGUCUGAUUGAGCGCGAGUAUCUAGCCAGGACGCCAGAAAACAGGAAAGAGUACACUUAUGUGGCUUGAGCUCUUUUUUUAGGGACUUAAAGUUUAUUACUAUUAUGCAGGUUGGAAUAAGACUGUUUUAGUUGAAAAAAAAAAAAGAAACAGAAACGGGCACUUCUUGCCUUCAGAUGAUGAUAUUACAAGGAGUCUCGCCUCAUUCAGGGCUAUUAUUAUUAUUAUUUAAAACGUAAAUUUAUUAAACUAUUCCAAUUAAAGUUUAUAGCUUUGUCA